AUGUCGUCGCAAGAAAUUCCCAACGAUAUCAUUCUCUUCCACUACACGUUUUCGCCCUUUGCGAAACGCAUCGUGUGGUACCUUAAGCUACGUGGGAUCCCGUAUGCCGAGUGCAUCCAGCCCCUCACGCUGCCACGCCCCGAUUUGGCAGAGUUGGGCAUCAACUAUCGUCGCAUCCCUCUGCUAUCCAUUGGCAGAGACGUCUACUAUGACACCAGAUUGAUCCUAGCAAGAUUGGAGCAGAGCUUCCCAGCGUCAUCGUACCCACCUCUGUCGAUGCCCAACAACAAGGGUCUGGAAGCUUUGCUCGAAAAGUUUACAGUAGAUGCCGGUAUCUUUUCAAAGGCCGCACAGUCUUUGCCGCCGGACCUGCCGGUGAUGAAGGAUGAGAAGUUCCUCAAGGAUAGAGCGGAUUUCACUGGUACUAGCUGGUCUCAAGCUGAUCGUGUAAAGGGAUAUCCUGAAGCGUUGGCACAUAUCAGACACGCAUUCGAUAUCCUCGAGGCUCUGCUCGCAGAUGGAAGACAAUGGAUCGGAGGUACAGAUAAAGUCAGUCUUGCAGAUAUACAUGCCGUUUGGCCUUUCAACUGGAUCGGUGAUAUGCUCCCCAAGCAGGCAUUCCCAAAGGAUCAGCAUCCCAAGACAUGGGCGUGGUUAAGUCGCUUCAAAAAGACGGUCAAGGAAGUGGAGGCGUCGUCCAAGAAGACGGUCUCACUCGAUGGUCAGGCCGCAAUCCAGCACAUCAUGUCUGCGUCGUAUCAUGAUCAACAGACUGGCGUGGACAGCAAUGAUCCUGUCAAACUCAACGAGGGCGAUCUUGUGCAACUCUGGCCCACCGAUAGCGGCUUCCGACACAAGGACCAAGGCCAUCUGGUCAAGCUGACAAACGACGAGGUAGUGCUUGCCAUACAGACAAAAACUGGUGGUAAGGAAAUCAGAGUUCAUGCGCCGAGAUGGGGCUUCAGAGUUGUCAAAGCAAAGGCGCAGCUCUAA